CUCCCAUUUCUGGUCAAUGGGCCUCUGUCCUAGUCCAUGGAGAGUGCUAAUGUGGUGCACAGAGCUCACUGACCUGUUGCUGCGCACCAAGUCUGCGUGAACAGCGCUGCUGACGACUGCUGGGAAUCAUUACCUCUUCACUUCUGGGGCAUCUUUAGACCCACCCAGCAACAAGAAGCCAUUAGUCUCCUCCUCUCACACUAGUAUAGCUGUGCAGGUGAGAGUUUCCACUUAUUACGUUACUACUGUCAGCAGGAAGUGAAGGGGGGAGGUGAGAGAGAGCCACAGAGAAAGGGAACACCACAGAAAGAGAGAGCUCAUUCACUUCAACCACAGCUGACAAAAAAAAACCCUGCAGAGUGCACCACAGGAUUUUGACAGACGUGAUUUAAUUACAGGCUGGACAAAGAGCUCACUCCCUUUCUGCCAAUGUGAUAAUGGCCUCCACCACUCUCACAAAAGACACAGGUAUCCUGCGCCUCAUUCUAUUUGGACUACUUCUGCUAGCAGUAUUAGUGUCAGGCCAAUCACAAGUCCCCAUUACUACCACCACAAACCAGUCCCCCACAACCACAACCGCUGCAACCACAGCAACCACUGCAACCACAGCAACCACUAACACCCAAUCCCCAACCACCACCACCACCUCUGGAAGCACAACAACCAACCAACCAUCAUCCUCUACCACCCCCACACCAACAACAAUCUCCACUACCAUCACUACCCAGCCCCCAACCGCCACCCAGUCCACUAUGAUGACCACCAGCAGCACAGCAACUACCACCCAGUCUACCGCCUCCACCACCAUCACUACCCAGCCCCCAACCGCCACCCAGUCCACCAUGAUGACCACCAGCAGCACAGCAACUACCACCCAGUCUACCACCUCCACCACCACUGGAGGUACAGGAAUUACCACAACCCAGUCAUCCUCCACUACCACCUCUGGAAGCUCACCAUCCAUUACCACCCAGCCCCCCACAAACACAUUCACCUCCGGAGGCACAACAAUCACCACCACCCAGCCAUCCUCCACUACCGCCUCUGGAAGCUCACCAUCCAUUACCACCCAGACCCCCACAAACACAUUCACCUUCGGAGGCACAACAAUCACCACCACCCAGUUAUCCUCCACUACUGCCUCUGGAGGCUCUACAUCCAUUACCACCCAGGCCCCCACAACCACUACUACCUCUGGAGACUCAGCAUCCACUACCACCCAGCCCCCCACAACUACAAUCACCUCCGGAGGCACACCAGUCUUCACUACCACCAAGUCAUCCUCCACUACCGCCUCUGGAGGCUCAGCAUCCACUACCACCCAGCCCCCCACAAACACAAUCACCUCCGGAGGCACAACACUCACCACCACCCAGUUAUCCUCCACUACCGCCUCUGGAGGCUCAGCAUCCACUACCACCCAGCCCCCCACAAACACAAUCACCUCCGGAGGCACAACAAUCACCACCACCCAGUUAUCCUCCACUACCGCCUCUGGAGGCUCACCAUCCACUACCAUCCAGCACCACACAACCACAAUCACCUCCGGAGGCAUGGCAAGCAUAACCACCCAGUCAUCCUCCACUACCACCUCUGGAGGCUCACCAUCCACUACCACCCAUCUCCCCACAACCACCAGCAAAACAACCACUGCAAAUUCUGCAUCUUCAACUUCUAUGAUGUCUUCUAAUUCAGCCAGUGCUACUAAUUCAGGAACCACCUCUGCCUCCUCUACAGCCAUGACCCAGUCCAGCACCUCAAUGACGGCCUCAGUUGGGACCAGUUCAUCCUCCUCCAUGACUCCAACCUCAAUGAUGUCCACCACCCAGCCAUCUAACUCCACUGGUGGCAAGCCUGUUAUGAAUGGAACCACAACAUCAAAUCCUGCCUCAGGGAGUAUGAUUUACUGCCCCUCAUUCGUCUGUAACUACUCAGACUGCUACACAAUGUACACCAAUCAGAGUGCCACCAAAUGUGCUGCUAGUGCCUACUGUCAGCUGAUAAGGCAGGUGGACAUGUCCUACAAUGCUAGCUGCAGCACCCCUUGUGCUGAUAAGUGCGUCAACAACACUCAGAUAGACUGCGCUGUGGCCUGCUGCAAUUCUACUGGCUGCCUCAAUGCCACUUUUGAAUCAAUGAUGAUGACAACCACAGUAAGUGCAACCACCUCAGCAAGAAUAACAACAACAGCAAUGACAACAACAACCACACCAGUCAGUACAACGACUGCCACCAGUCCAGCAAACAAUGAAAACAAAUGUCAUCAAGGUGUAUGUGUUGGCGCAACUUGCUACACAGCUUUUAAAGAUGCAGCGCUCCAAAUAUGCAAGUCCUCUGAGCAACACUGUCAGCUUAAAAAGGAGACCGAAGACUCCAAGUUGAAGUGGACAGCAGGUUGCAUCGGUAACUGUUCAGGCCAAACCUCAUGCGAGGCUGAUACAAAACCUCCAUGUUAUCUAGAGUGCUGCAACGCCACUGUGACGUCUUGCCUACAGUUGAAUGUCCCCUCUUUCGCCACAAGAGGUCCUUAUAUUCACACAGAAUUGGUUGCUUGCUUACUUUGCCUUCUUGCCAUCACUUUAAUGCUGUGAUUGGUUGAGUAUGAGCUCGCUCAGUGCUGUGUGGGUCAUUAGGUAACCAGAGCUUCGUGUAACUUCCACUCCCUCCGGAAAUAAAGCUUAGCUGUGCAGAGGUUAACACUACUUAAUUUACACUCAUUUAUCUCAGUGAUAUUCAUAUGUGGUGGUAAUGUAUAUAUGUAUGGAAUUAUGUAAAGCCUCAGCUACAAUGUUGAUAUUAUUUCUUGUUUAAUUAAAGCUUCCCAAUUACAUUUUAUCUCUGUUUCAAGACCAAUGAAAAGUGGCUUUAAACAGUAUUUCUAGAUUAAAAAAUACAUCAACUUCAGCAAUUCAGAAAAUGCAAGUUUCUUGUCUUCAUAAUUGACAAAAUAAACCAAACCAAACUUUAUUCUCAGUGAAGGUUUAAGAAAUGAUAUUGAAUUUGUUAAACACCUUGUAAUUUGUUUUAGCCAUGACCUUACCCAUAACACUGAAUGAAUUCAGCAGUCUUUGUUUGUGCCUUCCCACUUUGAACAGACUGUACACAAAUUUUAAUUCUGGUUGAGUGCGUGAGCCUCAACACAACAACAUCUGUUAAUGUGGAUAAAUGUUUUAUUACCAAAACCUCCCCCUAAAUUAUCAUCUCUUUAAACCAUUGUGAGAGUAACGCAGCUAUGACUCUGUAUGCACUUUAUGAAACACAAAUGUUUGCUGAAGCAUCUCUGUAGAUUUAAUCAUAUUAAAAUGUGUGAUUCUGUACUUUGUCUACUUUUUGUCUAAUAUUUUUGUGAAUUGUGAAUUAUAUAUCUUUGUGGUUUACAAAUUAUAUUUUUGGUAUAAGGUGUCAUGUACAUGUUAAAUGAAAUCAGAAUGGUGUCAGUUUAUUCUAGUUUUGUGUCCUGUAAAAUAUGAUGAUAGUGCCUAAAGAAAUAAAUCUAAUAAAAUAUG